AUGGUGUUGCUCAGGAGUGUUGUCAGAGCCAAGGUCUUAUUGUUUACUUUCGAUCGGUCGCGUUUCCACUUCACCCCCCCUUCCCAUGGAUGGAAGGGCGGGCAGUCACACAGGGCACCGCGAGUCUCCCGCAAGCCGCAAGCGCGACUGUCAAUCUGUGAUUGCCCCGGCUCAGGCAGCCCCACGAGCUUCAGCCGCGCUAAGCCGAAUUCGGACUCGACCAAAACAUUCGCUUUUGUGUGCUUUCCACUUUUUGCUUUCCUCUCCCCCUUCUUUUCCAGCAACUACCUUACUACACCCAGCUACCACAUUCCGAACUCGAUGACCAGCUAG